AUGAUUGUUGUCCAGGUGAAUGGAACCCUCGUGGCCAGAACAGAUGUAGGUGGAGGACGCUACGUGACCCUUGACGUCACUGACUGGGUCAUCGUGGGCAGCAAUGGGCGUCUUCUCAGCGAUGGCCUCGGUCGCACGUGGGGUUCUGGACCAGGGGAAGGCAACGCCCAGGGAUCUGGAGGUGGCCACGGAGGAAGGGGAGGCAGUCAAGGGGGAGGACUCCUUACGUCAGGACAGUCUGCUGCUCAUGGAAGUUUCCGCCUCCCAGCCACUUUUGGAGGAGGUGGAGGUGGAUCCUGUGGAGGGUCUGGAGGUGGCAUUGUGAAUUUGAAAGCAGGAGGCCUCAUAAAAGUGGAUGGUGUCAUUUCUGUGAAAGGUCAAGAUGGUGGAAAUGGCAGUUGUGGGGGUGGGGCAGGAGGAAGCAUCUACAUUGAAGCUGAACGCAUUCAAGGUGGAGGAUACCUGUUUGCUCAUGGUGGGAGAGGAGGAAGUGGAAAAGGGGAGGAGGAGGAGGAGGAGGAAGGGUCGCUGUGGUUGUUGCAUACAAAACAUUUGUUGGAACAGCCUUCACCUUUGGAGGAAUGGGAGGUAAAAAUUAACAUGAUCUGGUUCUAG